AUGGCGUUCUCUGUAACGUCUGUGGCGGAGGAAUGUAUGUUGUCUAGCAGCACGGGGCUCGAUCCCAAGUUCUUGAUUCAGACGCCUGCAGAGCUGUGGAAGCCGGUGGUUGAAAGUCCAUGUAAUUCUGCUUUUAUACCUGAUGGUGCAGCUUUAUCUGCAUAUCAGUAUUUUGAAAACAUGAGAAACUUUCUUGUAGCUGUGCAGGAGAUGGGGCUCCUACCUUUGAAGCAUCUGAUAUGGAAAAAGUGUUUAUUGGGCUAG